AUGUCUGAACCACUUCCUCAAAGCUUCGAGGCGAUCACACCAAAGUUAUCACCAGAGACCCUUCAAACGAUUAAAGACUUUGGGUUCACAAAACCGACUGAUGUUCAAGCGCAAGUGAUACCUCCCUUUUUGUCGCAUAAAGAUGUGAUAGUUCAGUCGCAAACGGGGAGUGGGAAAACGUUAUCAUUUUUAAUUCCGAUGUUUGAGAUGAUCAAAACUGCCAAAGAGAGUUAUAACCCACGAGAAGUCUAUGGUGUAGUGAUUUCCCCCACCCGUGAAUUAGCACAACAAACACAUAGUAUAGCUCUAGUCUUUGGAAAUCAUUUCAAUUUAAAAGUAAAACUAUUAAUAGGAGGAGUUGAAAAUUCGAAAGUUAAUGAAGAUUUAGCUGAAGGAGCGAAUAUUAUUAUAGGCACUGCAGGUCGAAUAGAAGAAACUUUAUCAGACAACCUUCACGAUUUAGACUGGAAAACAGUUGAAGUUCUAAUUUUGGAUGAGGGCGAUCGAAUGAUGGAAAUGGGGUUAGCCCAAGCAAUGGGGCGGAUUAUUAAGUUCUUACCAAAACAACGCCGGACUGGAGUUUUCAGUGCGACAAUUCCCGACGAAUUAAAUAAAUUAGUCAUAGCGGGUUGUAGAAAUCCAUAUAAAAUUCUUUUGUCUACAGACAAUAUAACACCCGUGUCGUUGGUGAAUGAAUAUGUUAUUGUACCUUAUGAAAGAAGACUACAAACCCUAAUCCAUUAUUUAAAAACAACGAAAGACAAGAAAAUUGUGGUGUUUGUGUUGACGUGUGAUCAAGUCGAGUAUAUCAGUGCCGUGUUACACUCAUUACCUCAAGGCGAAAUUCCAGAGGAAAAGCGGGUGCUUUCAAUUCAUGGCAAAGCAAAGCAAAUAUAUCGAGACAAAGCUUUGGAGAGAUUUGAAUCACUAGAAAGCGCUGUUUUGAUCUGUACUGACGUCGUUGCAAGAGGUAUUGAUUUUGUAGAUGUCGACUGUAUAUUACAAUAUGACCCCCCGCAAGACCCAAAGACUUAUGUCCAUCGUGGGGGACGAACAGCUCGCAUGGGUACAAUCGGUCAUUCAAUUCUCUUUUUAGCCGAGUGUGAAAAGGCCUUUAUUCUCUUAAUGGAUCGCCGCGGGGUGAAAAUCACUGGGACAACACUAGUAAUCUCCGAUGAGGAAAGUCUUCGCCUCUUUACUCUUGUUCGAGAAGCAACACUCAAAAGCAAAAAGUUGUUUGUUCGUUCACAAGCAGCUUUUGUGUCCUAUGUGAAAGGCUAUGGCGAACAUCAGUGUAAAUUUAUUUUCGCUCUCAAGAAGUUGUCGUUGACUGAUUUAGCUCAUGGAAUGUGUCUUAUUAAACUCCCUUUUAUUAAAGAGGUCAAGAAGCUUCAAUUGAAAUACGCUGACGAAAUUACAACACGAAUCAGUGAACUCUAUCCCAAAAAAGAGACUGCAGAAACAUCUCCUAAAAAUCCUCAAAAGCGCAAGAACCCAAACACAGGGGAUUACGAUCGUUCUAAAAUGUUAAAAACAGAAGAUACUGAUUCUAAUUCAGGAUCUAAAGACUCUAAUUGA